AUAACUCAUAGGUGAUAAAAAAAAUUAUAAAAGUGCGGGGUCGUGAUUUGUAGUGCAUAUGCAAUAUAGUAUUCUCGUACAGGCUAAGCAAACAAGAUUCGAAGGAAGAGAAAAAUGGCAGCAGAAGAGGGACAAGUCAUCAGUGUUCAUACCGUUGAAUCAUGGAAGGAACAGAUCCAGAAGGGAAAUGACUCCAAAAAAUUGAUUGUGGUGGAUUUUACUGCUUCAUGGUGUGGUCCAUGCCGUUUUAUUUCACCAAUUCUAGCAGAUAUUGCUAAGAAGACACCUCAAGUCAUCUUCCUCAAGGUGGAUGUGGAUGAAUUGAAGAGUGUUGCUGAGGAAUGGUCUGUUGAGGCUAUGCCAACCUUCUUGUUCUUGAAAGAAGGUAAGGAAGUGGAAAAAGUAGUUGGUGCUAGGAAGGAAGAACUUCAAAUUGCUGUAACCAAGCAUGCAACUGCUUGAAGUAUCAUAUGAAAGAUCAUGAAUAAAUACAUUUAACAUUUUCGUGUCGGUUUUCAUGUUAUCACCAUGCUUGAAAAUAAAUUGUUGCCUUGGCCUACUUCAAAUGAUUGUUGACUAUAAGAUAUUUGUUGUAGCAUUAUGAUAUUUUGAUGAAAAUUCCAUGGUCCCUAUGGUUGAUGGCUUACAAUUAAAA